CUUCCUGUGUUUGCCCUUAACAAAGAUGGUGACAAUACUUCCUGUUCAGGGCUUUUGCCUUCAACAAAAAUGGUGCUUACGGUGCAGGUUCCCUGAUACUUUGGAUUCCGGUUGCAGUUUUUUUUUUUUUUUUUUUUUUCCUUAAGAUACGUGUUUGCAGACGGGGAGAUGGAGGCUAGAGACAAGCAAGUGCUUCGCUCCCUUCGCCUCGAGCUGGGUGCAGAGGUACUGGUGGAGGGACUGGUCCUCCAGUAUCUUUACCAGGAAGGGGUCUUGACGGAAAGCCAUGUUCAAGAAAUUAAAGCUCAAGCCACAGGCCUCCGGAAAACAAUGCUGCUGCUGGAUAUCCUACCUACCAGGGGUCCUAAAGCAUUCGAUGCCUUCCUAGAUUCCCUGCAGGAAUUCCCCUGGGUAAGGGAGAAACUGGAGAAGGCAAGAGAAGAAGCCAUGGUUGAGCUGCCUGCAGAUGACCGGAUGGCUGGAAUCCCACUGCACAUCCUCCACAGCUCCCCUUCCGACCAGCAGAUCAACCAGCUGGCCCAGAGGCUGGGCCCCGAGUGGGAGCCCGUGGUGCUGUCUCUGGGGCUGUCCCAGACCGACAUCUACCGCUGUAAGGCCAACCAUCCCCACAAUGUUCAGUCCCAGAUGGUGGAGGCCUUGGUUCGCUGGAGGCAGCGCUUCGGGAAGCAGGCCACCUUCCAGAGCCUGCACAGGGGUCUCCAGGCCGUGGACGUGGACCCCUCGGUGCUCCAGCACAUGUUGGAAUGAUGGCGCCCCAUCAACACCUGGGGAGUCCAUCCCCUAGUCUCGUGUGCUGAAUCCUGACUCUCACCCAGGGCAGGUAGAUUUGGGGGGGACUGGUUUGUUUCUUUGUGUUAGUGAUUCUUAGAUGAAAGGAGAUAAUGGGAUUUCCACUUGACAUUACUUGAAAGGCGGGAUUACUCAGUUGAUCUCCCAUGGUGAUUUGACAAUUCAUUGUUUCUAAUUCCUCGGAGAUUACAUUAUUUGAAUUGUGCAGGUUUUAAUUGUGUGGUUGCCUUUUAAUAGACUGGUAAAUCCUAGUGGCUCAAAAAAAAUACAGGUGUUCUAUAUAUAAAACAUCCACUUUUAUGUUGCCUGGGAACUAAACUGUGGACUUAGCUAUUAAUCAUGAUGUUAAUAAUAAAAAUUGAAUUACUGUAUAUAAUGUGGCCCUCUCAUGAGAAAGUAUUGCUUGUGUUUUUUUUCUUUCAUUUUUGUGUUGCAUAGAUUAAGGGUGUAAAAUUACAGUAGUCAUUGCUUUGGAACAGAAUAGUAACAGCGAAAUGGUUACUUUCUCUAGUCAAGAUGAAUCACUCAGGCAGGGUGUCUGCAUUAAAUUUAAGACACUGAAGCUCCCUGCAAAGACCAGUUCAAGUACCAGCAUGCAUACCUGAGCCCUUUAUCUUUAAAAGAUUUGCUUAAGAAAAUCCCGCGCCCUUUAUUUAAAGGACUGGGGGUUGGGGGGCAGUGUGGUCUUUCCAUUGAAGCCUUGAUGGUUGAAGCGUUGUGCUCCUAAGGACUGUGGUUCAGUUUUCUGACUUUUUACUAAUAACACAUGGUAUUUGUCAGACGCUUUACUGUUUUCAAGGCUUUUCAUACAUGUGAUCUCAUAUGGACCUCACAAAAAGCCUAUGAAGUAGUUGGGUAAGAGAGGUGAGCCCCGUCCUGUAUCAAGAUGAAGUGAUUUGCCUGGGGCGGAGGAGUGAGCAUGUGUCCUUGCAGCACUGCUCCUGUGUGCCCUUUCCAGCUGCUCCGUGCUGCUCCAUCCUCUCUCUCACAUGCUCUGGAAGAAGCUUGCUGCCCUCCUCCUGCUAGCAGCAUCUCCUCAGACAAGCAAGAUGCCUUCUCCACUGUGCCAUGUGGUCCACUCAGCUCAGUGUUCUCUUCCUACAACCAGUGCUAUUUUGGGUGUCAGAUUACAUUGUUGAUGGAGAAUAUUUGUGGAAAAUAUCUGCUCUGCCAAGAUGUUUGUAUCCCCCCCGCCGCCAGAAUUCAUAUGUUGAAAUCUUAACCCCCAAAGGUGAGGGAAUUAGGAGAUGGGGCCUUUGGGAGGUGAUGAGGUCAUAAGAUGGAGCCCUCAUGAAAGUGACCCCACAGAGCCCCUUCCAGCAUGUGAGGACACAGUGAGAAGGCUCCAGCUAUGAACCAGGAGAGGACCUUCACCAGAACGUGACCAGGUUGGCUUCUUGAUCUUGCACUUCCCAGCCUCCAGAACUGAGAGCACUUCUAGGAGAUGAAUUGACUUAAUCAGACUUAGCUGAUACCAAGGUCCUUGGCAUGACUUAAUGGCUCAUUGUGGAUUCCUGGAGAAGACCGAGUGCCUACAAAUGAAGGUAUUUGGAAGGCUUGUGUCCAACAGAAUGGAGCUAAGUGUUUCUGUGGGGCUGCACAAGAAUGUAAACUCUGGUAUGAAGGACUAACCAAGGUAUUGGAAUAAAGUUGAAGCCAUUUAUCUAAACCGUGAUCUUUAUACAGCUGACCAUAGAUCUUCUGCCCUAUGGGAGGGCAGGCUGGUGGACCUCUUGGACCCACCUCUUGGAAAGGUGUCGAUCCCAGGAGCACUCUCUAAUCACCUUCCUGCCCACUCAGCUCCAUCUCAGAAUCAGCUUCCAGGGGCACGCAUCCUGUGACGUGGAGGUGAAAGACCUAAACGGUGAUUUGGAGCGUGAGACUCAGGAUGGGGGACAAGACCAGAAGCAGGAUAACCAAUAGGUGAUAAUUGUCGUCAUCCAGGCCGGAGAUGGGCACGGUCUAGUCCACGUCACACCGUUAGAGGUGGAGAGACUGGAGAGAUCCAAGAGCUUCUUCAGGAGUGAACUGAAUCCACAGAACCUUGACCCUGAUUAAACAUGAGAAAUGAAACAGGGAAGCAGUCAAGGAUGGCUCCCAGGUUUCCGGGAGGUAUGGAUGGGAUUGCCAGCUCCUGAACUAGAACACUGCUGAAGGAGCAGGUUUCAGAGAGGUGUGGGUGAGUUCCAUUUUGGGAAUUGCUGGGGGAGUGUGCAGGACAUCCAAGUGGAGCUAUUCAAUACAGAGGAGGAACCAUGUGUUGGAAUCUCAGGAGAGAAAUCUGAAUGAGUUUUGGAUUUGGGAGUCAUUGGUAAGUGGAUGGCCCUUGAAUGCAAGGCUGAAAUCACAUUGGCAAGGCUAGCUCCAGCAUCCUGUCUUCAAAGAGGAUCUGGAAGCUCCCAUUUUUUCUUGAUUUUCUUGAUCAGACCAUGUACAUAUAAUUAAAACACAAUAUCCAUUCUUAUGUCACUUUA